GCCUAAGUCUUCUAGUGAAAUAUAAAAUACUGGUUAAAUAGAAAAUUGAAGAAAGAGCCACAUCCGUUAUUUUAAUAAAGAAGUCAAUGUUUUGUUGAUCAACUUUUUUAUGAAAGGAGAGUGAACCCAAUAAUUUUCCCCCGCCAUUUCACUUCUGUCCCAAGUUGACUACUGAUUGUUGCAGAUCUGAGAAGAAGAAGAAAUGGAGUUGAAAGUCUCCAACUUCAAUGCUGAUAAAAAGAGCUUUGGUUCUGUCCUUCGAUCCAGAGAAAGCAUGAUCCAUUCAAUGUUGUUUCGAGCUUCUACUUGCCUUGUAUUUCUUUCAUUGUUCUUCGCUUCAGCCUACUCCACUCCUGAUCCUGAAGAGCUUCGUCUUCUUGUCUCUGAACCCACAAUUAUACAACUAUUCCGUUACUUGCCUGUGGAAAAUUCUUCAAGUUCCAGGCUUGGAACUGUGACGCUUUAUGAAAGAGUACACAUCCAAGGAUUGCAGAGGUUUCUAAAUCUUAAGAAGGUUGCACACACAGUGACAGUGAAGGUUUCAAUGAAAAGUUCAAGUUCUAGGACAUCAAAUUUUUAUGUUUGUUUUCACAAGAAUACAUCACUUGGGAUAGGAAUGUGUCCUCAAAGUCAAUGGGAGAAAGCUUUCGAAGGUUCUUGGGCUCAAUUCAUGUCACCAUUUGACCACAGGAUUUUAGAUAUUAGAACAUCUGGGUUAUCUUUAGAAACUUUUGAAGUAUCAAUUGAAGAAGAAUUCUCUCGAUAUCGCAUAAUCUUUUUAAUCCUGGGUGUAGUGUUGAUGAGUUCAGCCUCCAUACUAAGCAAGUUGUUGGUAUUCUAUUUGGGCGGUGGUUGGCUGAUUAGAUUUCUCCUUCUACUGUUAAUGAUCCUUUCUCAGAGAAUGAAGCUUCUUUCUCGUCGUGGGAAGAACUCACUUCAAAUAUUUCUAUAUGCUUACGCAUCUGUAGGUUGUUUGGGAUCUUUUUUCCUUCAUUAUGUUCUUGAUCUAUUGAAUCAAAUUGUUUUGGAAAUGGGUAUAACUAUAAGUCAGGACAUGUUUGAUCCUCUAGCACUUGCAACAUUCCUGAUUGCUAUUAUUUUACCGAUUGGAACGUGGUUGGGCUUUUGGGUAGCCCACAAAUUUGUGGAUCGUGAAAAUGGAUUAAUUGAAAAAAACAUAUCACAUUUUGUCGUAUCGACAUCCAUUCAAAUUUUGGCUACUUUUCUUAUUCUUAAGUGUUCCUUGGAUCCCAUCUUGGCAACAGGAGGUCUAAUAUGUGGGACAAUGGCUUCAAUAAUGACGAGCAAUAUCUUUAAGUUCCAAUUGAAUUUAUUACAAUCUCCAAAUGAAACGUCCAACCAUUUGGUUGAAUACAGGUUGAGGACUGAUUUGCUUCAGCACCGCAGUUCAUUUACACAUGAUGAUGAUGUAUAUCCUUCAAUGUUCCAUUCGACACAUGAACGGAGAAAGAUUUCCAAGGAUGAGUGGGAAAGGCUCACCAAAGACUCAACUAAAAAGGCUUUGGAAGAACUAGUUUCUUCCUCGGGUUUUACUAGAUGGCUUCUUGAUAAUGCGGGUAGAAUCAACAUACCUCCUCUCCAAGGAGUAGAGUUGGAAAGUGUCGAAAGUGACUCUAUUGGUUCUGAUCAGUUGCCUUUGUCGACAACCGACAAAGUGAGUUUUACUUAAUGAUAUUGACAUAUGACAAUGUUUAAAGUCAAUCCUUCAUCUUAAAGUUGUAUUAGAAAAAAGAAUUGUAUCUUACUCCAAACAAUGUUGACUAAAUUUUUAAUUUAACAAAAUAAGAACAAUAAUGAGAUUAAAUUUAAACGUUCAUUACUUAAA